UCUAGAAAUAAUACAGUUUUGAUUUCACAUGAUGUGUCAAUCAAAAGCGUUCACACAAAAGUACGAACGUGCACGUUCACGUUCAUGUCCACACAAACGCCCACACUCACGCCGAGAUAAAACCUCGAGGUCCCUCCCUGUUCAGCCUUACUUUACCUGAGAGUUUCUUACUGUCCAGUUUAGCUGAAGUCCACAGGAAGCUAAGAGAAGAUUAAACAUGGCGACCUCUGGGUUACAGAUCGGCGGAUUCCUGUUAGGAGUCAUCGGAGUGGCUGCGGUCAUCGCCGCAACCGCAAUGAACAACUGGAGCACGCAGGACCGCCAGGGCGACGUCGUCACCGCCGUGUACACAUACAAAGGCCUGUGGCAGGACUGCGAGGUGUCCACGUCUGGGUUCACAGAGUGCCGGCCGCUCUACGGCCUUCUGGGAUACUCAGCCCAGUUCCAGGCCGUGAGAGCGAUGAUGAUAGUCAGCGUUAUCUUGGGUAUAAUCGCCGGUGUGAUCUCGUUGUUCUCUCUGAAAUGUUUCAAAAUGGGAAGCACCGAGGAUUCGACCAAAGCCAAAAUGACGCUGACGGCAGGCAUCAUGUUCAUUAUUGCAGGUGUCUGUGGCAUCACCGGAGCUUCCAUUUAUGCCAAUCAGAUCGUAGCCAGCUUCAUGAUGACCACCUACAACCCUAAUUAUGGCGGGAUGAACCAGAUGCAGAUGGAAGGAAUGGGAAUGUCUAUGGUUAACAGGUUCACAUUCGGACCGCCCCUCUUCGUGGCCUGGAUCGGAGGAGGCAUGCUGCUCAUAGGAGGAGUUUUAAAGUGUGUGGCCUUCAGAGGCUUGCACGCCGAGACGAUACCCUAUAAGACAGUGGCGUAUAAAGUACCAGCUCAGUCGAGAUCAGCAGGGGAGAGCAGUGAGCGAGGACAGAAAUAUGUUUAAAACUCCUCUGAUCCUCCAGGAUUUACCCCCGUUUCUUACUGACUCUGUUCCACCUUCAUUUAUUCAUUUAUUCAUCUGUAAUGAGUGCACAGAAUUUAUCAGGAAAUAAACAUUAAUUACAGACAUGUCUUUCUCUUGUCCUCUACAAUCACUCACUCAUCCACUUUUUCCUUCCUUCCUUUCUCUAUACCUUUUCCAUGUUUCUCUCCCCUUGACAUUGUCUCAUCUUUUCCCUCUCCUUCUCUCUCCAGUGUCUGUCUGUCUCUCUCUCUCUCUCUCUCCACUGUCUGUCCAUCUCUCUGUCUCUCUAUUGCUAUCUGUCUUUCUCUCCCCCCCAUCUCUCUGCCUGUCUCUCCUCCUCUCACUCUCUGUCUGUCUCUCUCUGUCUUUCUUCCCCUCUCCCGGUCUCUCUCUGUCUCUCGUUCUCUCCCCCCCCCCGAGCAGUAUAAUAAACACAAGAUUUGAUAGUAAAUGAGUUAAUAUGGUAAACUCUCUGCUUCUUUGCACUAACACACUGUUUUUCCUCUAAACUUAUUUUCAUAAUCAACAUUUGGUUUGCUUUUUUUUGUAAACAAUAAAUAAAAUUGGAAUACAAUUCGUGGUCAUGUGUCUC